AUGGAUAAUGGAAAACUGACCGGAUUAAUUUCAGUUGAUAUUAGGAAAGCCUUUGACUCUAUUGACCACAAAAUCCUAAUAAGGAAAAUGCAAGAAAAAUUUGGAGUUCAUAGUUUGGAGCUACAAUGGUUCCAAUCAUAUUUGUCAAAAAGAAGUCAAGUUUGUGCGGUUGAUGGUCACACAUCCUUGGCUAGGGAAAUUGUAUGCGGUGUUCCACAAGGAUCUAUUUUGGGACCCCUCUUGUUUUUGUCAUAUAUAAAUGAUUUGCCAGAAUGUCUACAAAACACAACUCCAGGGAUGUAUGCCGAUGAUACUCAAAUAUAUGCAUCAUCAGCAAGUUUCACAGAACUAGUAACAAAACUUAAUGAAGACUUAGAAAAUAGGGUCAAAUGGCUUUCCCAAAAUAAAUUACAACUUCAUAACAAAAAGACAAAAGUGAUGUUUAUAGGUUCACCCUAUAAUCUCAAAAACAAAGUUGGCAAUGACCAAGUAAUGAUAAAUAAUAAACCCGUCACCUGA